CCAAAACUCCACUCUCUCUCCCCCCCUCCCUCCCUCCCUACCUCCUCCUCCUCUUCUUCUUCUUUCUCUUAUCUUUCCUAUUUUUCUUACACCCUAAUUAUAAGUUUUUUCCUUCUUAUUUGAUUAGUCAGAGAACCCUUCAUCCCAUUUUUGUUUUGCGUGCAUGCUUAUAUAACUAUGUAUUGCAUUCCCAAACAUAUGAAUGAAAUUUUAGAAAUUUAGCUUCUGUAUUGAACAUCCUUCUGUGUAAAGGUAUAGUAGAAGAUUCUACGUGCUGUUGAGAAAAGUUGCUUUCACGCACAGCCGAACAUGAUGUGUACAUAUUAUAAUUGAUAAAAUUCCAGUCUCUCAAGGCAAAGGAACAUUUCUCUUACAUUUCGAUUUGACUGUUCUCUCCGCAAAACUGUGGCUCAUAUCCUUCUCUUCGAUGGGAACAAAAAUGAUAGGGAUCUACAAAGGGUUCAAAUAUACUUUAUCUAAAAUCUUUGUGGUGAAGGAGCGUGAAAUGGAGAUUGGAUUCCCAACAGAUGUUAAGCAUGUGGCACACAUUGGGUGGGAUGGCCCCUCAAGUAGUGCACCCAGUUGGAUGAAUGAAUUCAAGACAGGCCCUGAUUUUGCAGCAACUUCUAUUGGUAAUUCGGGUUCUGCGCUUUCUCCAUGGUCAUCACAAGAUUUUGGAGAAUCUAGGCGGCUGCGAUCAGGAUCGGAUAUGUUCAGUGACAUGCCCACAGAAGAGCUUCCUAGCAUCCCAAAGAAGCCAAAAAGGAAGAAGUCCAAAUCAACUUCUUCUCCCAAGUCGGGCUCGACCUCAAGGUCAUCAAGAACAGAAAAAUCGAAAGCCAAAUUGGUCAAAGGCAAUCACAAUCCAACAAAUAUCGAAGUGGCAUAAUAUAUUUACAGAUUUUGAUACGAAACCAUAAAAAGAAAUUAAUUCCUAUGCUAUUGAAGAUUCUUCGGAGUCCUCUUGCAAUGUUGGGUGAAGUUUGUGUAUAUUUUUUCCUUUUUUUGUACGUCCUUGGAGCAAGAUGAGG